UUUUGCCCCGUUUUUUUUUUUGCAGGCUCAGAGCCGCGGCCGAGGGCUCCUCCCCGACCCCACGCUGCUGCAGAUCCUGGGCGGCCUGGGCGGCCCCGGCGCCGUCCCGCUGCUGCUCGCCCCACUGCUGCGCGGAGCCAUGGGGGGCAAGCAGGGUCUCCUUGGUGCUGCCCCAUCGCUGCCGCUCGGCCCCGGCCCCGCGCUGCUGCAGUUGGCGCUGCAGAACCCGACCCAGAAGCCGGGGCUGCUGGGGGAGUCGCCGUUGGCUGCUCUGCCCCACGGCGCCGUGGGGAUGGCGACGCCGAGCGCUGCGCCGCUGCUGGGGGACCCCGCCACCGGCGGCGACGUUCCUCCGUGUCACCCGGCUCUACAGGCGGCGGGCGGCGUUGCCAUGACAACGGAGCGGGACAGCCCGGCCUUCACUGCCGCCCUGCGCGGCCCGGCCUCCAAGCACAAGCGGAGCGACGCCGCCGGGCCUCCCAGCACCGGGGUGUCGCUGCUGGGGGAACCGCCCAAGGAUUUCAAGAUCCCCCUCAACCCCUACCUCAACCUGCACAGCCUGCUGCCCCCCGGCAUCAGCGGUCAGCCCCACGGCUCUGCCCCAUAGCGCCCCAUAGCGCCCCACAGCUCUGCCCCAUGGCACCCCGCGGCUCCUAGCCCCAUAGCGCCCCGCGGCUCUGCCCCAUAGCGCCCCGCGGCUCUGCCCCAUGGCGCCCCAUAGCGCCCCACAGCUCCUAGUCCCAUGGCGCCCCACAACUCUGCCCCAUAGCGCCCCACAGCUCCUAGUCCCAUGGCGCCCCACAGCUCUGCCCCACAGCUCCUAGCCCCACAGCUCUGCCCCACAGCUCCUAGCCCCACAGCUCUGCCCCACAGCUCCUAGCCCCACAGCUCCUAGCCCCACAGCUCCUAGCCCCACAGCUCUGCCCCACGGCUCUGCCCCACGGCUCUGCCCCACGGCUCUGCCUCAUGGCUCUGCCUCAUGGCUCUGCCUCAUGGCUCUGCCCCACGGCUCUGCCCCACGGCGCCCCACGGCUCUGCCUCACGGCGCCCCACAGCUCUGCCCCACGGCUCUGCCCCACGGCGCCCCACGGCUCUGCCCCAUAGUGCCCCCCAGUUCCAGCCCCAUAGCGCCCCACGGCUCUGCCCCAUAGCGCCCCACAACUCUGCCC